UGACCCUUUAUAAUGAUUUAUUUUCCCAGAAAAUCCAAUAUAACAUUUUAUUAAUAAAGGUAAUGUUUCGACAAUGCAACGUCACAAUUGUUUUGAUUCAACAUGCUUCCACAUGAGGGAGACAUUCUCCUCUCAACUCCAACCCCCUUUUUGGAGCUCAGAAGGAAUGAGAAAAUGUGGGAAUACAUAAAUUAUUUAUUUUUUUCUCUCUGUGGCGCACGUACAGAAAUCCAAAGCUCCUAUUAGAGAGGAGGAAUUAGAGAGAGAGAGAGAGAGAAAGAAAGGUGGAAGUGGAGGUAAAAAAUACCAUAUGCUAAAGAAAGAAAAAAAGAGGGUGACCUCGCUCCUGUGACACAUGAGUCAACUUUCCUGACAUGGACCCGUUGUGCCAGAAGAAACUGUAAAGGGCAAAACAAGGAGGUGCAGCCCAGCGGAGAGACGGAGGAGGGAGAGAAAACCAGAGAACCUGGUGCUGAGGUGAGUAAGGAAGCAUUUGGGAAAGCGUGGGCGAACGAGAGGGCGACCAAAACGGCAAAGGGAGUGGAGGAGUGAGGCGCCCCGGACCUACCAGCAAAGCCUCGGGGGGGGGGGGGGAGUACUAGAAGAAGGAGAAGAAGGAGAAGAAGAAGGAGAGAGGAGUGAUAACGAGUCGAGCGAGGAGGGAGGAGAGUUGGCUGGACAUGGGGCUCUGCACCGUCCUCCUCAUCUGUCUCUCCCAGGCUGAGCUGGGGAGAGCGUGGGCUCUCCAGCAUGAAGAUGCCCCGACCGCGACACAUCUGCGGACAGAUGUGGCUCCGUCCAGUCUGCACAGAACCGGGAGGGACCAGCAGAACCCACACAAACGCAGAGAAGCCCGCAGCGGCGGCGGCGGAGGAGGAGGGAGAGGACUUGACGUCAGCACUCUGCCUGACAACACGACCCACAUUGUGGACUCCCAGCAGUACUACACGUGGCACAGUUUCGGUCCAACGGACAGACGGUCGGGGGACAAGUGGGUCGAUCUGAACAACCUGCACAAGAGCCAAGUCCAGAUCCACGGCAUACUGUCCAACGCACACCAGAAGGCAGCGAGGGUGGCGCUUUCCUUUGAUUUCCCUUUUUACGGACACCACCUGAGACAAAUUAUCAUUGCGACUGGUGGCUUCAUCUUCAUGGGGGACAUCACUCAUCGAAUGCUGACCGCCACCCAGUACAUCGCUCCCCUCAUGGCCAACUUCAACCCCGGCUUCUCCAAAAACUCCACCGUGAGGUACUCGGACAACGGUCACCUGUUUGUGGUGCAGUGGGACAACGUGCGCCUGAAGGACCGCGAGGCCGAAGGCUCUUUCACGUUCCAGGCGAUCCUCGACAGAAAUGGAACCGUUGUUUUCAACUACCGAGACAUCCCCAUCCCAGUGGAGCAAAUUAACUCCACCGAGCACCCGGUGAAAGUGGGACUGUCCGAUGCCUUCCUGGCCCGCCUCCCCUCCUCACAGCCGUCGGUAGCCAGCCAACGUACCAUCUACGAGUAUCACCGGGUUGAGAUCGACACCGAAAAGGUGGUCAGCGGAUCUUCUUUUGAGCUGACGCCGUUGCCGACUUGUCUUCAACACACGUCCUGUGACCUCUGCAUGACCUCCAACCUGACCGCCGGCUGCGGCUGGUGCAACACACUUCAACGAUGUUCCGACGGGAUCGACAGGCACAGACAGGAGUGGUUGGAUUACAACUGUCCCGAAGAGGCGAAAGGGACGUGUGAGGACUACAACCCCGGAACACCCGAGGGAUCGAUGAGCUCCUUCAACCAGUCUUCUCCAGGGCCAACGGCUUCUUCAGCGGCAGACGAAGGACAGCCCGUCACCACAGACGUGCAGGCGAGUCCCCCGAACGUCUCCGGGAUCACGGAGAACGCGGCCAUCAUAGCCGGCGUGGUGGGCGCGCUGGUCCUGCUGGUGGCUUUGACCCUGCUGGCGGUCUACUACAUCAACACGCACCCCGCGGUGGCUCCGCCCUUCUACCUCAUGCAGCGUCGCACCAACAACUAUUGGCCUUCCAUGAAGUUCCACAACCAGGGCUGCCAGUCCAGCUACGCCGAGGUCGAGCUCGGGGGUCACGAAAAGGACGGCUUCAUCGAGUCCGAGCAGUGCUAGUGAAGGUCCCCGGGACCGUCGGGACGGGGAGGAGCGAGGACAUCCGCCUUGAGGACUGCACAGACAUCACAAGGUGGAAGAACAUGGACAAGCUUUCUCCGGGUCUCUGCCACCGCACGGGGGGGGGGGGGGGAUUUGACAUUUUCGAUAGCGGGGGUUUGGAGGGUCUGAGAGAGGACGCCGACCACAAAACAUGACGACGUGCAAAUGUGUAACUGUACAAAAAAAAAAAAACAGAAGAAAAAAGCCAUCAACGCAUGUCGGACGUGAGGGAAGGAGUGGACGAAGCCUUCUUACUGCAAAGCAACAUACGGCUCAACGUAACAGUGUGUUUCUACUUUAUGGAGUUAUUUUUGAUUCAUGAAAGUUCUACGUGGCCGACGUUUGGUUGAUAAAAUGUUAUAUUUCUGUGGACUUUCACUAUAACAGAUAUUUAGCUAUAUAACUGAUAGUGAUUAUAAUUAUCAUCUUCAACCUCUCUGGGGGAAUGUUGUCUGUAUUCAUUUUAGAGAUGUAGAUAUGGCUGUUUUCUUUUAACCAUUCUGUUUAAAUGUCUUCUAAUAAAAGUCGGUGGUGAGUGUUGAUAAUGAUCCCAGGCUUGGUGAUGAGAUGUGUGAUGUCAAAGGGUAGCAUCCUGUUUACCGUUUAAAGGCUCCCUCCCAUUAAAAACGGAUGUGAAUAUACCAACAUUGUCUUUGCAUGCAAACUGCCACCUAAACUUAGAUGCCCAGGCACAAGUGAGCUAUUGAUGCAUUCAAUUAAUGCAUUUAAAUAAACAGACAGAAUAGAAUGCAUUGUAUUAUCCUUAUUUUUUUAAACUUACUUCCCUUUGUUUUUACCAAAACGUACAAUUCCUGCACAAGUUUUGCAAAGAAUAUAAAAUCACUGUUUUGAAAUAAUACAUUGUACAUAAGAAAAACAAAGAGAGACAACAAUAACACACUCUGACCUGACUAUUGACGAUUGAAAAGUUAGAUUUUGUUCGUUAAAUCACAGAAAUGAACGUUUUGUGAUGAAU